UCAGUCGGAGUUCUGCUCGCUCUUCUCCUGAAGAUGAUAUCAAUGAGGGUCCUCUGUGUGUUGCUGUGCCUCAACUUAGCCUGGGCACAAGAUGGAGAGAGUACCUUUGAAAAGCAGGGUGCAGGAGUGCGUGGUCCCAGGAUUGUGGAGCACAUGUCCCAGUCCACCUGCCAGUAUGAGAAGAACUGGCCCAUCUGUGCAGACGAUGACUGGGGUACAAAAUGUCCAUCAGGCUGCAGAAUGCAGGGACUGAUUGAUGAAACGGACCAGGAUUAUAGUCACAGAAUAGACAAAAUCAAGAAGCUGCUUGCAGAAAAUCAAAACAACUAUAAAAAAUCCAAUCGGAUAAUUGUGGAAACCAUAAAUAUACUAAAACCAAACCUGGACAGUGCUCAGCAGAUUGAUGAGACUUACGAUCACGUGUCAGGAGAACUGAGGCGGAGAAUUGUGACAUUAAAGCAGAGAGUUGUCAGUCAAGUAAACAGAAUUAAAGCUCUGCAGAGCAGCAUCCAGGAACAGGUGGUGGAGAUGAAGCGCUUGGAGGUGGACAUUGAUAUUAAGAUACGAGCUUGCAAAGGAACCUGUGCUAGAAGUUUUGAUUACCAGGUGGACAAAGAAAGCUACGACAACAUCCAGAAGCAGCUUACCCAAGCCAACUCCAUCAACUUGCACCCAGAGCUUCAAACAAUCACCAUGAGCACACUGAAAAUGAAGCAACUUAAGGACUCGAAUGUUCCUGAGCAUUUUAAGCAUAAGCCUCUGCCAGAAAUGCAAGCUCUGAACAUAAUCAAUAACAUCAAGCAGAUGCAAGUGGUAUUAGAAAGAUCAGAAACAGACACGAACCCCUCCCGAGGCGACAGCUUGUAUCACAUAGCAGAAUCGAGGGGGGGUGGACCUUCACACACCAGCAAAUUAGUUACUCCUACUCAUGGGAGAGAAACCCUUAGUCAGGGAGACAAAACCACCUCCACUGUUCGUAGAUGCACCAAAACUACCACCACAAAAUUUGUCACUGGCCCUGAUGGCCCUAGAGAAGAAGUAGUUGAAAAAAUGAGUUCUUCUGAUGGCUCAGACUGCUCCUAUUUACAAGGAGCAGGAAGUGUUGGACGGGAAGGGAGCACGUACCAUGUUGGUGGGACAGAUAGCUUCCACGACCUAGAGAGGUUAUUCCCUGAGCUAAACCCAUUUUUUACCCCUGAUUCUUCAUCCACUGCUGGUAGGCACUUUGCCGGAUCUAGCAGCGUUUCAACUAGCAGCCACGUAACUGGCACAGGCAGUAGUCACUUAAGUACUGGAGUAUCCAGUCAUUCAGGGACUUAUGGGGGGAAAGACAAAUUUACAGACUUAGGAGAGGCGGAAGAAGAUGACUUUGGAGGACUUCACCUUCGGCCAUCUGGAUUCCCAUCUGGCAGUGCAAGUCACUCCAAGACUGUAGUGACCAGCGCCUCUUCUAGUUUCAACAAGGGAGGCUCCACUUUCGAAACCAGAACACUAAAGUCCCGUGAAAUAACUGAGCAGCUAGGUGGGGUGCAACAUGAUCAGAGUGCAGAGGAUACCCCAGACUUUCAGGCACGCAGCUUCAGACCGUCAGGAGUGAAGCAAAGGACAGCCAACACUGGGAAAGGUACACAGGCAUCACAGAAGUAGUUAUUGAGGUAGUGGAGCCAAACUCCAUCCAUAACCAAACUGACACAUUGGUUUUAGAUACUGCAGUACAACAGUGUGAUGAUAAAAUGCAAGCACUGUGUCUGUUUGUUGCCACCUCAGAAAGAAAAAAGGAAAAUAUUUCAUUAAUACUCGGGUAUUAAGACAAUUCACUAUUUAAGAUGUAAAGUUUUCUUUUCUGAAUUCUUUUUAAUGUUGCCUGUCACUAUACCUAGUGUAGUCCAAGACAUGUUUAACAAUUUUCCUCAGAGCUAUUGGUACUUGGAGUCCUCUGAACCUUUUAUUAAAUUUUGCUGAUAACUCCUGUCAAACCAGAUCAACUUUUUUUUUUAGACUGUGAUGAUAUCCGCCAGAAACACACUUUUGGUGUCAAAAGUGGCAUUUUCAAAAUCAAGCCAGCGGGAUCCAAUAAGGUUUUGUCAGUUUAUUGCGACCAAGAGACCACUUUGGGAGGAUGGCUAUUGAUCCAACAGAGAAUGGAUGGAUCAGUGAAUUUUAACCGGACCUGGCAAGACUACAAGAGAGGUUUCGGCAGCGUGGAUGGCAGAGGGCGAGGAGAGUUCUGGCUGGGCAAUGA